GUGUCCUUGCCCAGUCAUGACGUUGCGCAUGCGUGUGGGAAGCGGUCCUUCUUAUUAUUAAAACAGGACCUUGUCACAAUUUAUGUUGUCGCCUAGUUCAUGUAAAUAGUGUAUGUCAUUGAAUCGUUGUUUAGACUAGAGCCAGAGGUGAACUUCACAAUCGAGAAGCCUACUACUGAGAGCCGAACGCGGAAGUAGAGAGGAAGUAACGUUGCAGCAUGACAUGGAAACAAAGUAACGCCGUUGCAUUUGACUGAGCUGCAAAGUUGUGUCGACGGAAUGGUCUGCAAUCGGAAAGGUCGUGCAGAAUGAUUUUAGGUAGCGCAGUUGCAGCUAUUGAAGAGACCACUGACACAUGGCGGAAAGUAGAAUUUGGAGAAGAAUGACCGAGGGCCAACAUAGCCUCCGGACCUGGACGUGUAGACGGCUGACUGGUCAGUUAGCUUAGUCGCUCGUCAGCUGCCUGCUGAGUAGUCCCGGGUCUCUCGGCGGAAAGUUAAUUCACGUUGAACACUGUAAAUAUCGAUAACCUCGGUGAACUCGCGAGGGAUACUGUGAGCAGCAUCCCUUGCCUCUCCCUCCCGUUGUGACAGAAGGGCUCCGUCGCCAUGGCGUCCUCGCGGCUGAAGUACCUGUCGCUGGGCGUGCUGGUGUUCCAGACCACCACGCUGGUGCUGACCAUGCGCUACUCGCGCACGCUGCAGGGGGAGGGGCCGCGCUACCUGGCCUCCUCCGCCGUGGUCACCGCCGAGCUGCUGAAGAUCCUCACCUGUGUGAUGCUGGUCUACAGGGACCACAGCUACAGUUUUCGGGCGCUGAACAGCAUUGUGACCCAGGAGAUCCUGAACAAGCCGAUGGAGACGCUGAAGCUGGCCAUCCCCUCCGGGAUCUACACCCUGCAGAACAACCUGCUGUACGUGGCCCUGUCCAACCUGGACGCCGCCACCUACCAGGUGACGUACCAGCUUAAGAUCCUCACCACCGCCCUGUUCUCAGUGUUCAUGCUGGGCCGGAGGCUGGGGGUCUACCAGUGGCUCUCCCUGCUCAUCCUCAUGGCGGGCGUGGCGCUUGUGCAGUGGCCCACGGACUCCCCGGGGGCCCCUGAGGAGCAGCAGCUGUCGGCGGGCUCCCAGUUUGUGGGCGUGGUGGCGGUGCUGGUGGCCUGCUGCUCCAGCGGGUUCGCGGGCGUGUACUUCGAGAAGAUCCUCAAGGAGACCAAGCAGAGCGUGUGGAUCCGGAACAUCCAGCUCGGCCUGUUUGGGAUGGUGUUCGGGCUGAUGGGGGUGUUCGUGUAUGACGGGGACCGGGUGCGGGAGUCCGGAAUGUUCCAGGGCUACAACGGGCUGACCUGGACUGUGGUCGCGCUGCAGGCUCUGGGGGGGCUGGUGAUAGCUGCAGUAAUAAAGUACGCUGAUAACAUCCUGAAGGGCUUCGCCACCUCACUGUCCAUCAUCCUGUCCACCCUCAUCUCCUUCUUCUGGCUGGAGGACUUCGAGCCCAGCAGCGUGUUCUUCCUCGGCGCGAUGCUGGUCAUCGUCGCCACCUUCCUGUACGGCUACGAAGGCCGGCCUUCUCCCAACCCCAGCCGCGCCUAACCUGAGACCGCGAGGAGCGGGGGAGAGGAGGAGGAGGAGGAAGAGAGAGGGGGAUGAACACUAAAGAGGAGAAGAUGCGGCGGGACUGGCCGUGUGCAAGCACUACUGGCGUUAAAUCCGUGGCGCACAUUUCAUAAACGGAACCUCAAACGGGCCGGGGGUCCACCAGCUCAGCGGCGCCGUAAGGGACCGGCAGGCUUUUCUGAGCAGAACCGGGCCCACACGGGCUCCACCCUGAACAGGGUCAGCGCUCCUGGCCUGCUGGACAGGGCUGCCCAAUCCUCACUGCUGAGGCCAGCUCUCCAGAACCACAGUCAGGGGUGACACACAUCAAAGGCUGGCAGCCUUCCCAGAAUCCUGCGGGGCCCCCCGGCUGCUUGCAGGGGGUGUCGGUAAAGACGUCCGCGAUUAUGAAGAACAGAACCCGCCCUGCUGAAAAACUUUACUCUGUGCUUUGCCCUCUAGCAGUUAUUUCAAAGCAGGAGGGGGGGGGGUUCUUUUUUGUCUGUCUGUACUGUAUUUCGUAAAUCGAUAAAAAGACAUUUCAAUAUAUAUAUAUGUAAAUGUAUUUUUGAGUAACUGUUCAUAAGGUCAUAAAAAGAAAGUGCGAUUUCUUUUUUUUCUGA